AAUCAACACAUCUCAUAAACAAAGAACACAAAGCCAAAAUGCAAGUCAACGAGAAAAUGAAGAACCGCUAUCACCUUGGUGAGAAACGCUACUUCCUGUGGGUGGUGGCGGUGUUGGGCUUCAUCGGAGCCUCACUCUUCACGGUGAGCCUCCUCCGAACCUCAGACACCGAUUUCCUCUGCGCCAUCACCCGAACCAAAACCACAGGUUCGGGUGGUAACCAGCACCAUACCGAACCAGCGUCACCGAUCCAGCUCCGUGCGAUCCUCCACUACGCGACGUCGCACGUGGUCCCACAACAAUCAAUCCACGAGAUCACCGUCACGCUGGAUGUGCUGAAAUCCCUAAACCGCCCCUGCAACUUCCUCGUGUUCGGUUUGGGCCACGAUUCGCUCAUGUGGGCCAGCCUCAACGCCGCCGGCAAAACGCUCUUCCUCGAGGAGGAUCCGAAAUGGGUUCAAACCGUCCUCAAGGACGCGCCGGAGCUUCACGCGCGGACGGUCAAUUACCGAACUCAGCUUCAGCAAGCCGAUGAGCUUCUCCACUGGUACAAAUCGGAGCCGCGGUGUUCGCCGGCGAAGGCCAUGCCGCUGCGGGGGAAUGAACAGUGUAGAUUGGCCUUGCAUAAUCUUCCUGAUGAGGUUUAUGAUACUGAGUGGGACCUGAUCAUGAUCGAUGCGCCGAGGGGGUACUUUGCGGAGGCGCCGGGGCGGAUGGCGGCGAUCUUCUCGGCGACGGUGAUGGCGAGGAAUAGGAAGGGAUCCGGUGUGACGCACGUGUUUCUGCACGAUGUGGAUCGGAAGGUUGAGAAGGUUUUUGCUGAGGAGUUUCUGUGUAGGAAGAAUCUGGUGAAAGGUGUUGGUAGACUCUGGCAUUUCGAGAUUGCAUCUCAGAUUCAUGGUGGUGAUGAUGGUGGUGCUCGAUUCUGCUAGAUGAAUUUUCAAUUUUAAUUUUAGUUUUUUUUUUUUUUAUCUUGAUGAGUUGUGUUGCGAUGAUAGAAACUUGAAACACCAUUGUUAGUGAAUUGAUAGUGAUGAAUGAUGAUAGUAAAAUAUGUUACAGCUUUAUUUUA